AAGAGUGUUCCUGUACCACUGAACAAUGAUACACCCACUGCAAGAGGUCAGGCAGAUCAGUGUGAAGAAGCAUACAGCACCUGGCAUAGCAAAAGUGAUGGUAUGAUCUCUGAUAAAGAGCCCUGCAGAGCAAAGACUGGGUUUGAGUUAGAGACAGAACAGUUCAGAAAGUCACAGGCUGAAAGAGAGGAUAAGCAGGUAUCUAAGGAAGAGGAAUUCAAAGCACAUGAAAUCAGAGAGGAAGUCUUGUGUAUGGCUAGUGCAGCAACACUGGAAAUGUGCAGUGUAAGAAAUUUGUGUCAGGGAGAUGGUACUGAUGUGGACCUUCAAGAGCCCAUCAUCGUCUCUGAACAAGCAGUAGGUAGGCAAGGAAGUAAAGGCUGUAAUCAUUCAAAGGAAGAAGCAGGUAAUUGUGAAGAACUUUCUCCUAGUGAAGGAAAGGAGAACUUUCCUUCAGAAGACACACCUAGCCCUAGCAAAGAUGGUACGCUGAAUCUAGAUGAGUCUUAUGUCUUUAACUAUUCUGUGAAAAGGGAUACCCGUAAUGCUUGCAUGCUGGGCCUAGAUAACAUAAGUACCUGCAGCACUAACAGCGAGGAGAUGGAGGAGAAUGCAUCUAACAUCCUGGGAAGUAGCAGCAGUCUCUAUAAAACUAUGCAAAAGCCAACAAAGAAUGGGAAUAGUGGUAAAGCUUCCAGGUUUUUAGUGUUCUCAAAAAUGACAUCGUUCAGGAAAACUAAGCCCAGUACAGCAGAAAAUCAGGGAAAUAGCAGUUUCUUCAGCAGCAAGGUAAAGUUGGAAGAACUGGAUGCUGGGAAAGAGAAUGAAGACACUGAAAGUUUACAGUCUUUCAAAAGUUGUUCAUCUGGUUCAGCUUUCCACAGGAAGGAAAGCUACACCUCUGAGUGCUCUGAUGAUGAUGAUUUAUUUUAUGAGAGACCUGCAGGAUUAUUCAACAGAAUGAGCCUGAGGAAGGCUUCUGGCUCUGGUCGAAUAUUAAUGGAAGACAUAGAUACAAAUUCAACUUCUCCCACACUGGCUGCUGUUAAAUAUGCAGUAUCAGGUUCAGCUGGAAACAAUGACAGUGAACCUGUAGAGUAUGCUGGAAUUAGGAAAUCGUUCCCUGAAAAUGAAUACAAAAGAAACAAAACCCCUGAGGCUAAGAAGUUUAGGACAAGAUUGGCUUUGGCACACAAAUCUCUCUCAAGCUUAUUUGAAUCCAAAUCUCCAGAAAAGGAAAAUACUGAGCAGAGUUCAAGAGUAUCACUGAAAAAUGAAAAGGAGAAAGCCAAAUUUCGCCAGAGUGCCUGGAAAACUUUUCUAAAAAGCAAGGAGGCAGAUGGACUAAAAAGGCCUGUCUUAGCAAGUUUAUCACCAACACAGGAGAGCCUGAAUGCAGCCAGCUGCCAUGUAAUGAGAACAAAAUCAAAAGAGCAACAGGAUAGUCCUGAUAGAAACACAUUUUUCAGAACAGAAACAGCUAAUGCCCUCUCAACAGACACCAACUAUUUUGACACUUCUGUGCAGCCUGUUGGUGUCUCUUCACCUGCAAGUACGUCAAGAAAGCGAACACAGUCCUAUGACACAGGGAUGAGAUACUCACCAAGUUCAGACUGUGAUGAACAGCAGGAGGCUCUGAGCAGCAGUUUAAAUACGUCUUUAGAGGAAUACUGGGCAAAAACUCCGGUUAGCCCUACUGACUCACAGUUGACAUUUAAUCAGUCAAGUCCAUCAUGUCCCCAGCUCUCAAACUCUGAUGGUAAAGACAUGCCUUGUAGGCCCAUGAGUCCUAAACCACAGAGUCCACGAUCUGCUUCGCCACACAAGAGUUUCCGCUAUCCUGGAAGAAUAUAUGCUGCUUCAAUGUUGUCUCUCGGGAACAGCUCCACAGUUGAAAACAAUUUGGAGGCUCCUGAGAGACCAAAAACACUGAAACCCAGAGGUAGUCUCUUACUUUCUGUACACUCACUGGACAAUGAAUACCAGAGGGAUGACAGUGGCAUAAGCAGUCAAUCUCAGAUCAGCUUAAACACAGCUUCUUCCACUAGUGACAUGGUCCAAGAUGAGGAGUCUAAACAGCAAUGCCAAACACCACCUGAAAAGAGGCCAAAUGAGAAAUGGGUUCCCCAUCGCAAAAGGAGGCCCCCCCAGGCUUCACCAUCCCCACACCCUGUAUCCACCUGUGAGAGCAAAGCCUGGAGGCUUUCUUUCCUUGCACCAGAUGAAAAAGCCAAGGAGAUUCCAGAGAGGAAGAGGAAGAGACCUAAACCUCUCUAUAAGUGCUUCAGCUUUGAUGAUGUUUGGAUGGAGAGGAACCAAAAAAGGAAGCUAGAGAAGGAGACACAGCCAGAGAAAGGGAUUCAGUUGCGACACCUCCCAGAGGACCAGUUAAAAGCUGGAAUAAGUCCAUCCAUCACAUCUGCUGCUGCCUUUGACAUCUUACCACUGAAACUCCAUCCUUUUUCCCAGAGCACUCCAACAGGCUUAGACUGCAUGGGCUGGAAACGGCGCAUCUCCUCUCCUGUGAUUGCUGAUGGGGCAUUGGAUAAGACGGCUCUAACAGAUGAUGUGGGAAGCGAAGAGGAUCUGUAUGAGGACUUCCGGAGUUCCAGCCACCGCUACGGCCAUGCUGGGGGAGGUGGAGAGCAGCUUGCUAUCAAUGAGCUCAUCAGUGAUGGCAGCGUGGUGUAUGCAGAAGCCCUCUGGGACCAUGUCACAAUGGAUGACCAAGAGCUGGGAUUCAAGGCUGGUGAUGUCAUUGAAGUAAUGGAUGCUACCAACAAGGAGUGGUGGUGGGGAAGGAUUCUGGACAGUGAAGGCUGGUUUCCAGCAAGCUUUGUACGGCUGCGAGUAAACCAGGAUGAACCCAUGGAAGAUUAUCCGCUGAAGGUUGAGGGUGGCAAAGAGGAUGAGUCCAGCAGUGGCACUCGCCGCUUUGGGAUGGGGCAGACCACCAAAGAUCAAAUGAGGACCAACGUCAUCAAUGAGAUCAUAAGCACAGAGAAAGACUACAUCAAGCAUCUGAAGGACAUUUGUGAGGGUUACAUUAAGCAGUGCCGCAAAAGAGCAGACAUGUUUACAGAAGAACAGCUGAAGACAAUCUUUGGGAAUAUUGAGGACAUCUACAAGUGCCAGAAAAAAUUUGUUAAAGCACUAGAGAAGAAAUUCAACAAAGACCACCCACAUUUAAGCGAGGUUGGCUCGUGCUUCUUGGAAUAUCAAACCGAGUUUCAGAUCUACUCUGAGUACUGCAACAACCACCCCAACGCCUGCAUGGAGCUGUCCCGCCUCACCAAAGUCAACAAAUACGUCUACUUCUUCGAAGCCUGCCGCCUGCUGCAGAAGAUGAUCGACAUCUCUCUGGAUGGGUUCCUGCUGACUCCUGUGCAAAAGAUCUGCAAAUACCCCCUGCAACUGGCUGAGCUGCUCAAAUACACGAACCCCCAACACAGGGAUUUUAAAGAUGUUGAAGCUGCCUUAAAUGCCAUGAAGAAUGUUGCUCGGCUCAUCAACGAGAGAAAGCGGCGGCUGGAGAACAUUGACAAAAUUGCUCAGUGGCAGAGUUCCAUAGAAGACUGGGAGGGUGAAGAUGUCCUAGUCAGAAGUUCAGAACUCAUCUAUUCUGGGGAAUUAACCAAAAUCUCCCACCCCCAAGCCAAGAGUCAACAGAGGAUGUUCUUCCUCUUUGAUCACCAGAUUGUCUGCUGCAAGAAGGACCUCCUGCGCCGGGACAUCUUGUAUUACAAGAGCCGCAUCAACAUGGAUGCUAUGGAAAUACUGGAUGUCGAAGAUGGGAAGGACAAGGACUUCAACAUCAGUGUGAAAAAUGCAUUCAAGUUACACUGCCGAGACACUGAGGAAGUCCACUUGUUCUGCGCAAAGAAACCUGAGCAGAAACAGCGCUGGCUGAAGGCGUUUGAGAACGAAAGGAGACAAGUUCAGCUCGACCAGGAGACAGGUUUUUCAAUCACAGAGGUGCAGAAAAAGCAGGCGAUGCUGAAUGCCAGCAAGCAGCACCAGACUGGGAAACCUAAGGCUGUCACCAGGCCAUACUAUGACUUUCUGAUGCGUCAGAAGCAUCCCACCCUGCCUACUACACUCCCUCAGCAGCAAGUCUUCAUGCUGGCAGAGCCCAAGCGCAAGCCCUCGAACUUCUGGCAGAACAUCAGCAGGCUGACACCCUUCCGGAAAUAAGGGCAGCCCCAUGUUUGUGCCUGAACCACUUCUAAGAAAGCACUUUACUGUCAGUCCUGGGAGGUGGAGUCCAGGUUCUUCCACUCCUUUGUUUAUGGAGGAUGGCACAAGUGCUCCUGCCUUCCCUAUUUAUUUUGCAACCCAACUGACUGCACUGGCUCCAAGUUGAGACCCUGUGUGUGCAUUUGC